AUGUCUCGUGAUCGAUUUUUACACAUCAAAACAAACUUGAAGUGCUCUAAAGUUAAAGAUAAAAAUCCUAAUGACGCAGCCUGGCGAGUUCGAGCUAUUUUGGAUUUGUUUGCAAAAACAAUUACAUCCUUUGGUUUUUUCGAAACAGCACUAUCCGUCGAUGAAAUGAUGGUUAAAUUUUACGGUCGUUUGAAUAUAAAGCAAUAUAUUCGAAACAAACCAGUCAGAUUCGGAGUAAAAAUGUGGGGUUUGUGCGGCGCCGAUGGCUUUUUAUUUAAAACUGACAUUUAUUGCGGAAAAAAUGGCAAAAAUUCCAGUAAUUUAAAUUCCUGUGCUUUGGGAAGCCGAGUUGUUCUGAAUAUGGGGCAAGAUCUACUGCUUAAUACUAUUCCCAAAAAGUUAGAUAAUUAUCAUAUUUAUUUUGACAAUUUCUUCUGCAACCCCGAUUUGAUAGUCCAUCUAAAAAAAGUUGGUGUAGUUGCAACUGGCACAGUGAGACAAGAUAGGGUAAAGGAAAAGAACACCAUCGAUGUAAAAUCAUCUAGAGGCACUCACUGCUUGAAGCAUGAUACAAAUAGCGGAGUAAAUUAUAUUACGAUUAUGGACUCUAAAAUUGUAUCAAUGCUUUCAACAGCUGUAGGAGAUAGUCCACUGAAAAGCGUUAAGCGUUACUCUAAAGACAAAAAAGAUAGGGUUGAAAUACCAAUGCCAGCAGCAUUUGCUCUGUACAAUAGAUUCAUGGGAGGAGUUGAUAUCCAUGAUCAGUACUGUAGUAAACUUUUACCUUCACUAAGAAGUAAAAAAUGGACAUGGCCAGUACUGAUGAGAUUGAUUCAGUCCUCCAUUACUAACGCAGUAAUAAUUUUUAAUGCUGCACAGUUGGAGGGCAAAAAAUCAAGUGCAAAAGAAUUUGCAAUGCAAAUUGCAGAAAAUUAUUUAGCUCAAUCUUCCUCACGUUGGAAAUCACAUGAAUUGAUGACACAUGAAAAAAAAAAGAAAUUGUAG